AUCUAUGUCAGAGAAAGCAGAUAGAACCCCCUCUGCUAGUUUUGAUCCUUCAUCAACUCUGAUCACAACAAUGGGAAAACCUCUGAGAAUCAUCUUCAACAGGAUUUCUGGGUUUGCCACUUCCUGGAAAAGCAACCAAGCUCCCCGGGGCCGAAGAAUUUUUCAUAGGAACGUCCAACAAGAAGACUCGCAGAAUGCAACAACUCGUUGCUUGUCCUCAUACUACAGUGUCUUUGUAGCUCGCCUUACCAUAAUGGUCAUGCUGGCCAUUCUAAUUGGGCUGCUCACAGUAUUAACAUGGCAUUUUACAAGGGUCUAUACAACAAAGUCGAUAAACAGCUUAGCCUAUGGCCUUCGUUUUGAGCUUCUACAGCGUCCAAUAUUGCGAAUGUGGAACAUCUUGAAUUCAACUGUUGAAGUUGCUACAGCCCAGGUUAAACUGUCUGAGUUUGUUAUCAGAAGGUACAACAAACCAGCAACCCAAGCAGAACAAGUCGAGCUGUAUGGAGUCAUGAGGGAAGUAACAUGGGCACUAUUUGCUAGCCGAAAAGCUCUCGAUGCGAUAACUAUAAACUAUAAAAAUGGUUUUGUUCAAGCUUUCCACAGGGAUCAUAGGACCAACAGAACAUUCUACAUCUACUCAGAUCUUGUUGACAAUUCGAUCAAUGGGACUUAUGAUAUCAAUACCAUUUCAUCUCAUAAUGGGUGGAGUGAUCAAUCCAUCCAUGGUAAUGUCUCUGCAAUCUGGUAUCAUGAACAACUUGAUCCCAUCACCGGCGAGAAGAUUGGGAAACCAAGGCCAAUCCCACCGGAUGAUCUAAUCAAUAUUCCAAACCUUUCACAGGUACCAGAUGGUGUUGCUUCAUGGCAUGUGACAGUGAGCAAGUACAUAGAUUCGCCAUUGCUUUCUGCAGCCUUGCCCGUUUGGGAUGAUUCUAACAAAAGCAUAGUUGCUGUUGUGGGUGUUACUACGGCGUUCUAUAGCGUAGGUCAACUGAUGAAAGAACUUGUUGAAUUCCACAGUGGGCACAUCUUUUUGACUUCUCAAGAGGGUUACUUGUUAGCCACUUCCACAAAUGCUCCUCUCUUGACAAAUUCAACAGCAGGGCCCGAACUCAUGAUGGCUAUUGAUUCUGAGGAUAAUGUGAUACAUUUGGGAGCCAAGUGGCUGCAGAAACAUUGUCACAGUGAGUUUCCUCCAACAAGAGAGGUUCAUGUUGAGAAUGUCAAGCUCGGCGAUCAAAAAUAUUAUAUUGAUUCAUUUUUUCUAAACUUAAAGAGGCUUCCUAUGGUGGGAGUUAUCAUCAUUCCAAGAAAACACAUAAUGGGGAAGGUGGAUGAGAGAGCCUUUAAAACUCUGGUUAUAUUGAUAUCUGCAUCUGUAUGCAUUCUAGCGAUUGGAUGUGCUUGCAUUUUGAUACUGACAAAUGGGGUAUCAAAAGAAAUGAAACUAAGAGCACAGCUGAUAAGCCAUCUUGAUGCCAGAAGAAAAGCAGAAGCAUCCAGCAACUAUAAAACCCAGUUUUUAGCAAAUAUGAGUCAUGAAUUGCGAACACCUAUGGCUGCAGUGAUUGGAUUGCUGGACAUUCUUAUAUCUGAUGACAGCCUCACAAAUGACCAAUAUGAAACGGUUACCCAGAUUCGUAAAUGCUCAACUGCUCUACUCCGGCUCCUCAACAACAUUUUGGACAUCAGUAAGAUUGAAUCUGGAAAACUGGUGCUUGAAGAAACCGAGUUUGACUUGGGACGAGAACUUGAAGGACUAGUAGAUAUGUUCUCCGUCCAAUGCAUUAACCACAACGUGGAGACUGUUCUUGAUCUCUCUGAUGAUAUGCCAAAAUUAGUUUGUGGAGAUUCUGCUAGAGUGGUUCAGAUAUUUGCAAAUCUGAUAAGCAAUUCUGUCAAAUUUACAACAUCGGGCCACAUUAUCCUGCGUGGAUGGUGUGAGAACUCAAAUGAUUCAAGCAGAACUAAGAAGCUAUCCCGUGAUCAGAAGGAAACACGAUCUGCACUUAAAUCUAUGUUGAAGCAACAUGGGAACAACGCAAAGAAAGCAUGCAGGAAAGAUAACAAAAUAAUUGUUUGGUUUGAAGUUGAUGACACUGGCUGCGGAAUUGAUCCAAGCAAAUGGGAAUCAGUAUUCGAAAGUUUUGAGCAAGCCGAUCCCUCAACAACUCGAACGCAUGGUGGAACUGGUCUUGGCCUCUGCAUUGUAAGAACAUUGGUUAAUAAGAUGGGAGGGCAAAUCAAGGUGGUAAAGAAAAAUGGCCCUGGGACUCUAAUGCGCCUUUACCUGGUUCUCAGUACACCUGCAGAUGGCACAGGACAGCAUUGUCAACUGGACUUCGCAGAACAUAGUAUAGCAGUACUGCUUGCGCUGAAUGGAAAUAUGGGUAGAUUGAUCAUCUCCCAAUGGUUACGGAAAAAUGAAGUGUUUACUUGGGAAGCAUCUGGUUGGAAUGAACUAACAAAAAUUCUUGGUGAACUGUUUCAAGCCAGAAUUUCAAUAUCCAAUUUUAGUUUUGACAAAGAAUGUGCACAGGGUGAACCUUUCAAAACUGAAGCACUGGACUUGCAAGAAAUGGGGACUUCAGUUUUUGUUGUAGUUGUUGACAUAGGGAUACUUGAUUUGAGAACAGAUAUAUGGAAGGAACAGCUUAACUUCCUUCAUAGAUACCAUGGAAAAGCAAAGUUUGCUUGGACGCUAAACCAUGACACCUCUAAUGCCAUAAAGGUGGAGCUCCGAAGGAAAGGGCACUUAUUGAUGGUUAAUAAACCACUGUACAAAGCAAAAAUGAUUCAGAUUAUUGAAGCUGUCGUGAAGGAAAGAAAUCUUGAAUUGCAAAAGGGAAGUUUAAAUGCUUUGAGAACUACAAUGAUACAAGGUGAUUUGCAUGAAUCUCAUGAUAUUGAAUUCCUUCAUCCCAAUGCUGCCAGCUCCGAUGAUUCUGAUAAAUCUGAAAUCGGUAGUUUAAGUUCCACAAAUGCACCAAAAUUUGGAGAAAAGCAGGGAGAUAGGAACACAAAACCUUGUGCAACACAACAUCCGACAGUAAAAAAUUGCUUUCUUGAUUUCGCUCAAGUUUCUUCAAAAAAUAAUAAUUUGAGGACAGAUGAUAAGUGCCAAAUCAGGCCCAGUUCAUUUGACAUUGAAGCUGCAGGACAUGAGUUAAUGAGCACCAAAAAAGCAUCGCUUUUAUCUGAGCAUGAAUAUGAGAAUGGUAUAUGCCAGCCGCAACAUUUGAUCAAUUGUUCUCCUAAAAAUAGAGGUACUUCAUAUUCAAAUAAGGUUGUGAAUGGGCAGAAAUCUCUUGAAGGGGUACGCAUACUGCUUGCGGAGGAUACACCUGUUCUCCAGAAAGUUGCAACAAUAAUGCUGGAAAAAUUGGGGGCUAAAGUCAUUGCUGUAGAUGACGGGAAGCAGGCAGUAGAUGCUCUAGAAUGCAUGCUUCGUACAAAUGGGUGCAGAUCAGAUUCUAGCUUGCAAGAUGGCAAAACAAGAUCCCAAACACAGUUCCAGAAUUCUCCACCAUACGACCUAAUCCUGAUGGAUUGUCAAAUGCCAAAAAUGGAUGGUUAUGAAGCAACAAAAGCAAUCCGAAAAUCAGAAGAGGGAACCGGUUUGCACAUACCAAUUGUUGCACUGACAGCCCAUGCAAUGUCAUCCGACGAAGCCAAGUGCUUGGAGGUCGGUAUGGAUGCUUAUCUAACAAAGCCAAUUGACUGCAAGCUGAUGGUUUCCACCAUUCUUUCACUUACUAAAAGAAUGCACUGAAUUUGUUAUGCCAAGCAGCAAAACUGCAAUUUUAUAGGCAAGAAAAGGCUAACAAAGAAUUGGCAGUGGGUAGCAUUUGAUUGUAAAAACGGGAAGUACACAAAAAAAAAAAAAAGUGGUUAAUCUAACAUGUACAGUCAAAAAAAGACGUCCAAUUUCACUAUAUUAUUCUAUACAUUAACCUUUUUCUUAAUGUAACAAAUGGACUGAAUUUUUUC